AUGGCGGGUGUGUCGUACCUGCAGUACGUGAACAAGUCGGCUGGUGUGCUGCGUGCUGCCCUGAAGGAGCCCGUUAAGAGCACCGUGGAGGCUCGUUCUAACGUUGAGUUUGCCGGCUUCAAGUGGGCCAACGGCGAGCGUGGCGAGCGCGUGGACAUUGACUCCAUCAAGAAGAUCGCCGAGGCUUUCAAGACGGCGUAG